AUGGGGAUAGACCGGUCUCCAGAUAAAGGAGCUGCAAACAGCUCCAAUUCCAGUUGUCCGAUUUGUAACGCCGAGGUAAACGCUGCCGAGGUCUACGUGACGGCGUGCCAGCAUGAGUUUCACCGGAAGUGCAUAGAAGCUCACUGGAAAAAGAGUUUACAAUGUCCGGUUUGCAAGGCGGUUUGCAGACCCAAAGGACUUAAGGUAACGGAUGAUCCGGAAAGACGAACUCGAAGUCAAUCCAGGAAUCAACCCAUCCCCGAUAACGUCGGGAGACAAACGACAGACGACAUAGCUACCACUUCAGGGUCUAAUCCCAGUUGCAGCAAUGAAAGCAUAAUUUCGGCGAAUGCCAUAACGCUACUAGCUAUGGAGCGGAGAUUGCUGGAGUCACUGUCAGGAAAGAUGGCCGAGUUGAUCCAAAACUCAUUCACAGCUCGGGAAUGA